AUGGACGAAGGAAAGGCCCCCACACGUAUAGGAAUCUUGUCAGUUGUAAGCUUCAUGUACGACUGCCUCGUGCUCGUCGCGUUCAUUAUUCUGCCAGCCAAGAGUUUGUCGAAGAACCUAUGCAAGCAGGAGUAUGGCUGGGACGAAGAAAUUUCUGAUGCAGAUUCUAUUCUAUGGCAAGAUGCUUCCGAAUAUGGUUACGGAGCAGUAUCAUACCUCCGGAUUGUCGACGACAAGGGUGUUCCGCAUUGUUCCUUUGUUCUUGGGAAAUCUUGCGUCACCCCCCUAAAAACGGUGUCCAUACCACGUCUUGACUUGGCAGCUGCAGUGGUCGCGGUGAAUUUGAAUUGCCUGAUUCGGAACGAAUUAGAGUAUCCCAUACACGACACAAUCUACUGGACAGAUUCCACCAUAGUUUUGCAGUACAUUCGCAACGAAUCAAGAAGAUUUCACACCUUUGUGGCCAACAGAGUCGCGAUGAUACAUGAUGAAUCCACACCGCGUCAAUGGCGACAUGUCGACACUUGUGGUAAUCCUGCAGACAUCGCAUCCAGAGGGGCUAAAGGUUCCGAAUUACACAAAUUGGAGCGGUGGCUCAACGGCCCGAAGUUUCUGUGGAAGGAAGAGGAAAACUGGCCCCGAACAACCGUCCCAGUUGCCGGAAUUGCCUGUAGACGACAGUGA